UACUGGCGAGGCGCGUGGAAGCCCGCGCCGGUUCCCCUUGGUCUCAGCUCCCGGCCCGGGCAGCCACAGAGUUCGCUGACGCCGGGUGACCUGAGCCUGCCGCCAAGAUGCCGGCCUACUUCCAGAGACCGGAAAAUGCUCUCAAACGCGCCAAUGAGUUUCUUGAAGUUGGCAAAAAGCAACCUGCUUUGGAUGUUCUUUAUGAUGUUAUGAAAAGUAAAAAACAUCGAACAUGGCAAAAGAUACACGAGCCUAUUAUGUUGAAAUACUUGGAGCUUUGUGUGGAUCUUCGCAAGAGCCACCUGGCUAAGGAAGGAUUAUAUCAGUAUAAAAAUAUUUGUCAACAGGUAAACAUCAAAUCUCUAGAGGAUGUUGUUAGAGCGUAUUUGAAAUUGGCAGAAGAAAAAACUGAAGCUGCAAAAGAAGAAUCCCAGCAGAUGGUUUUAGAUAUAGAAGAUUUGGAUAAUAUUCAAACACCUGAGAGUGUUCUCCUGAGUGCUGUUAGUGGGGAAGACACGCAGGACCGGACGGACAGACUCCUUUUGACGCCUUGGGUUAAGUUCCUGUGGGAGUCAUACCGGCAAUGUCUGGACCUCCUGCGGAACAAUUCUAGAGUGGAGCGCCUCUACCAUGACAUUGCCCAGCAAGCUUUCAAAUUCUGCCUCCAAUACACUCGUAAGGCUGAGUUCCGUAAGCUGUGUGACAAUUUGAGAAUGCACUUGUCUCAGAUUCAGCGCCACCAUAACCAGAGUACGGCAAUCAAUCUUAAUAAUCCAGAGAGCCAGUCCAUGCACCUGGAAACGCGGCUUGUUCAGUUGGACAGUGCCAUCAGCAUGGAGUUAUGGCAGGAAGCAUUUAAAGCCGUGGAAGACAUACAUGGACUGUUCUCCUUGUCUAAGAAGCCACCCAAGCCGCAGCUGAUGGCCAAUUACUAUAACAAAGUUUCCACUGUGUUUUGGAAAUCUGGAAACGCUCUGUUUCAUGCAUCCACGCUCCAUCGUCUUUAUCACUUGUCUAGAGAAAUGAGAAAGAAUCUUACCCAAGAUGAGAUGCAGAGGAUGUCUACUAGAGUUCUUUUGGCCACACUCUCCAUCCCUAUCACCCCAGAGCGCACGGAUAUAGCUCGUCUCCUGGAUAUGGAUGGCAUUAUAGUGGAAAAACAACGCCGCCUGGCAACGCUUCUGGGCCUUCAGGCCCCACCGACACGAAUUGGCCUUAUUAAUGAUAUGGUCAGAUUCAAUGUGCUGCAAUACGUUGUCCCAGAAGUGAAAGAUCUCUACAAUUGGCUGGAAGUGGAAUUUAACCCACUGAAACUCUGUGAGAGAGUCACAAAGGUUCUAAACUGGGUUAGGGAACAGCCCGAAAAGGAGCCAGAGUUACAGCAGUAUGUCCCACAGCUGCAAAACAACACCAUCCUCCGCCUCCUGCAGCAGGUGGCACAGAUUUAUCAGAGCAUUGAGUUUUCUCGUUUGACCUCUCUGGUUCCUUUUGUUGAUGCUUUCCAACUGGAACGGGCCAUAGUAGAUGCAGCCAGGCACUGUGACCUGCAGGUUCGUAUUGACCACACUUCCCGGACCCUUAGCUUUGGAUCUGAUUUGAAUUAUGCAACCCGAGAAGAUGCUCCCUUGGGUCCUCACUUGCAAAGCAUGCCAUCAGAGCAGAUCAGAAAUCAACUGACAGCCAUGUCCUCUGUACUCGCCAAAGCACUGGAGGUUAUCAAGCCGGCCCAUAUCCUGCAAGAGAAAGAAGAGCAGCAUCAGUUGGCUGUCACUGCGUACCUAAAAAAUUCACGAAAAGAGCAUCAACGUAUCCUGGCUCGCCGGCAGACCAUUGAGGAAAGGAAGGAACGGCUUGAGAGUCUCAAUAUCCAGCGGGAGAAGGAAGAAUUGGAGCAGCGGGAAGCUGAGCUCCAGAAAGUGCGCAAGGCAGAAGAAGAGCGCCUUCGGCAGGAAGCCAAGGAGAGAGAAAAGGAGCGCAUUUUACAGGAACACGAGCAAAUCAAAAAGAAAACAGUGCGCGAGCGCUUGGAGCAGAUCAAGAAGACGGAACUGGGUGCUAAAGCCUUCAAAGACAUUGAUAUUGAAGAUCUCGAGGAAUUGGACCCGGAUUUCAUUAUGGCUAAACAGGUUGAACAGCUGGAAAAAGAGAAGAAAGAACUCCAAGAGCGCCUGAAGAAUCAGGAAAAGAAGAUUGACUACUUUGAGAGAGCUAAACGUUUGGAAGAAAUCCCCUUGAUAAAGAGUGCAUAUGAAGAGCAGAGAAUUAAAGACAUGGAUCUAUGGGAACAACAAGAAGAAGAAAGAAUAACUACCAUGCAGCUGGAGCGGGAGAAAGCUCUCGAACACAAGAACAGAAUGUCCCGGAUGCUCGACGACAGAGACUCCUUUGUGAUGCGCCUCAAGGACGCCAGGCAGUCAGUGUAUGAGGAGAAACUUAAACAGUUUGAAGAGCGGCUAGCAAAAGAAAGAUAUAAUCGCUUGGAAGAACGUAAAAGGCAAAGGAAAGAAGAGCGCAGAGUCACCUACUACAGAGAAAAGGAGGAGGAGGAGCAGAGGAGGGCCGAGGAGCAGAUGCUCAAAGAGCGCGAAGAGAGAGAGCAGGCAGAGCGGGCGAAGCGCGAGGAGGAGAUGCGUGAAUAUCAGGAGCAUGUCAAGAAGUUAGAAGAAGUAGAGAGGAAGAAACGCCAGAGAGAGCUGGAGAUUGAGGAGCGAGAACGGCGUCGAGAGGAGGAGAGAAGACUGGGCGAUGAUCCGCUUUCUAGAAAGGAUUCUCGCUGGGGCGAGUCGGAGAGCACAUGGAGAAAGGGCUCGGAGGGGGAGUCUGAGUGGCGUCGAGGUCCUCCUGAGAAGGAGUGGAGACGGGAGGCACGGGAUGAGGAACGGGCCGUGCGGCGGGAUGAAGACCAGCCACGGCGGCUGGGCGACGAGGAGGAGAGAGAGUCCCCGCCCAGACCUGAGGAGGACCGGCUUCCUCGGCGGAGUGUGGAGGAUGAGAGGGGCCUUCGGCGGGGGCCUGAAGAAGAUCGCUUCCCCCGCCGUGCGGCCAACGAGGACCGGCCUUCCUGGCGGACUGCAGAGGACGACAGGCCCCCCCGCCGCAUCGGAGAUGAAGAUCGGCCCAGCUGGCGCUGCAGCGAGGAUGACCGGCCCCCCAGACGUGGGCUGGAUGAGGACAGAGGGACCUGGCGGACAGCGGAUGAGGACAGAGGUCCAAGACGGGGGAUGGAUGAAGACCGGGGCCCAAGACGGGGGAUGGAUGAAGACCGGGGCCCAAGACGAGGAGGUGCUGACGACGAGAGGUCCUCUUGGCGCAAUGCUGAUGAGGAUCGGGGUCCCAGGCGAGGCAUGGACGAGGACCGAGGUCCUAGACGGAGCAUGGAUGAGGACCGCGGUCCCAGAAGGGGUAUGGACGAGGACCGCGGUCCCAGGCGUGGGUUGGACGAGGACCGCGGUCCCAGGCGCGGGUUGGAUGAGGACCGAGGACCUUGGAGGAAUGCUGACGAUGAUAGAAUUUCUCGGCGUGGGGCGGAUGAUGACAGGGGGCCUUGGCGAAACAUGGAUGAUGACCGGCUCUCCAGGCGUGCUGAUGAUGACCGAAUUCCCCGGCGGGGUGAUGACUCCAGGCCUGGGCCCUGGAGGCCAUUUGGGAAGCCAGGUGGAUGGCGAGACAGAGAAAAAGCCCGAGAAAACAGCUGGGGUCCACGCCAGGAGUCGAGACCCUCGGAGGACUCUGAAUGGGACAGAGAGAAAGACAGGGACAGAGAAACUCAAGAGCGAGAGGAGAACGACAAGGAUCCAGAGCGAGACGGGGAGCGAGAGGACCGCUUCCGACGACCAAGGGAUGAGGGUGGCUGGAGAAAAGGACCCGCUGAGGAAUCUUCCAGCUGGCGAGAUUCAAGCCGCCGGGAUGAUUGGGACAGGGAUGACCGCCGCCGGCUCGAGAGAGAUGAUCGCCGUGAUCUCAGGGACCUGCGAGAUCGGCGGGAUGACAGAGAGCGGAGGGGCCCUCCCCUCAGAUCAGAUCGCGAAGAAGGAAGCUCCUGGAGGCGCGCUGAUGACAGGAAAGAGGACCGGGCCGAAGAGCGAGACACCCCUCGUCGUGUUCCUCCCCCAGCUCUCUCCAGAGAUCGAGAACGUGACAGAGAGAGAGAGGGUGACAAAGAGAAGGCCGCAUGGAAGGCCGAGAAAGAGAAGGACUCUCUUCGUCGUACUAAGAAUGAGACUGAUGAAGACGGAUGGACCACAGUCCGACGCUAAGUCUGAAAAUGCUGGAGUCAGACGAGUGUCUCACAUAGGUUUGAUCACAUUCAAGGAUUCUAUACCCGUGCUUCAGCCCGUCUAAAUUGGAUUCUAUAACUAA